AUGGAGCAGUUCCAUGACGGCCACCACGUGCGGCUGCGCAGCAGCCAGCUUGGCACGUACCUGCACGCCGACGACAACGGGGUUGGCGUCUCACUCCACCACCGCCGGGCGUCGAUGAACGCCGCGUGGGCGGUGCACUUGCACCAUGACGAGACGUGGGAGGAUGACUAUCUUCUCCUCUACAGCGCCGCCUACGGGCGCUACCUCGUCGCCACGGACACGCCGGCGCCGGGAGGCGGCCGCCGCGUCGUGCAGCGCAAGUACGACCAUCCGGAGUUCGAGGCAAUGUUUUGGUAUGCUGCCCUGUCAGAAUCCGGGGACGAAGUCUGCCUCCACCACUUCCACGGCGGCAGCCUCCGUGCCAACACGAGGUACUCGUACCCACGCUGGAACAUCGGCGUCAGCGUCCACGACACCGGAAACGUCACCACGACGAUGCACUGGGUCGUGGAGCACAUCCCCGCCAGGGAGGCAUGCCUCCCCUUCCAGUUCCCUUCGCCGCCGCCAUGUGGGAGUGGCGGCUGA